GCAGUGGGGCGCGCGCCGCCGGCUGUGUAGGAGACGCCGAACGGACGCGGGCGUCAGGGAGGCAGCGUCGGCUCAACCUGGGCCACCCGCGCCGAAGGCAAGCGCGUUAAUAAUAACCACGGACACUUACUUCUCAGCAGACUAAAAAAAAAAAAAAAAAUACCCACGAUUUCACAAUACGAAAAAAAAAAAAAAAACUAUUUGAUUUGCAGAUUCUUUGGCCUUCACUUACGUCCGUUGUUCAAAUUCAUUCGGAUCUGUAGAACGUCUCGGACAAACUGAACUCAUGACGGCAUAAGUAUCCUGCGGAGAGUUUUCAUUUCUUCUGGGUGCGACGGAUUCGGUAGGCUUACGGUAAAGGACUCCACUCGAGUUGUUUUUCUUCAGUCAGGUCAUCGAAGAAUCGCACGGGCUAUCCACGAGGGCGCGCCGAAGUGCCGGAGCAAGUGAUGGCGACAGAGAAGAAGGAACCUCCUCUGGGGCAGUCCGAGCCGCGCGUGACCCGGAGGGGAGGUCGCUGACGGCCAUGCACGUGGCUUACGACGGCUCGGCGCCGGCGGCCGAGGUGCUAGCGACGCUCGCCGACAAUGCGACGCUCCUUCUGCUGCCGACGACGUCGACGCCUCCCCCCGGUGAAGGAGGAGGAGGAGGAGGAGGAGGAGGAGGAGGUGGCUGGGGCCCGAAGCGCGACUCCUUGGCCGUCGUGCUGCCCGUCACGGCGGUCUACGCGCUCAUCUUCGUGCUGGGGGUCGUCGGCAACGUGAGCACGUGCGUGGUGAUCGCGCGCAACAAGCACAUGCACACGGCCACCAACUACUACCUGUUCAGCCUCGCCGUGUCCGACCUGCUGCUGCUGGUGUCGGGCCUGCCACCGGAGGUGUACUCCAUCUGGUCCAGGUACCCGUACGUGUUCGGCGAGCCGUUCUGCGUGCUGCAAGGCUUCGCCGCCGAGACGUCGGCCAACGCCACGGUGCUGACCAUCACGGCGUUCACGGUGGAGCGCUACGUGGCCAUCUGCCACCCGUUCCAGUCGCACGUGGUGUCCAAGCUGUCGCGCGCCGUCAAGUUCGUGGUCGGCAUCUGGGCGCUGGCGCUGUGCCUCGCCGUGCCGCAGGCGAUGCAGUUCGGGCUGGUGUACGAGACUGACGCCGGCGGCGAGGUGCUGAACCCGGAGCACGCCGUGUGCGCCAUCAAGAGGGUCGUGGUGCCGCACUCGUUCGAGCUGUCGUCCUUGCUGUUCUUCGUGGCGCCCAUGACGCUCAUCACGGCGCUGUACGCGCUCAUCGGCCUGCGGCUGCGGCGGUCCAGCGCGCUGGCUGGCAGCGUGCGCAUGCGCGACCAGCCCAAGAGGGCGCUGGUGGUGGCGGUUAACGAGCAGGCCAAGGAGGAGUGCGAGGCGGACGACUGCAGGAAGAACUUCGCCCGCAACGCCCACACCAAGGCCACCAAGCACGUCGUCAAGAUGCUGGUGGCGGUGGUGGCGGCCUUCUUCAUCUGCUGGGCGCCCUUCCACGCGCAGCGCCUGCUCGCGGUCUACGGCGGCGAGGCGAAGCGGCCCAGCGCCGCCAUGAUGGUCGUCUACACCGUCCUCACCUACGUGUCGGGCAUCCUCUACUACCUGUCUACCACCGUCAACCCCUUCCUCUACCACAUCAUGUCGCACAAGUUCCGCGAGGCGUUCAAGGACACGCUGGCGAGGUACCUGCGCCGGCGGCGCGGGCGCGGAGGUAGGUGGCACUGCUACUCUGUUCUCUCGGGCAGACACAACAACACCGCCACCACCAACAACAACAACAACAGCUCGACGUGCAACAGCAGCGCCAGCCAGCGCAGCGCCACCUCGCUGCGCUACCUGGAGGCGGACAUGGCGCGGCUGCGCGGCGAUCGCAGGCCCGUGGUGGUGUCCUUCCGGCGCGCCGGUGCCUCGGCGGACCCCAGGAGGAAGCAACCGGCCGCCCUCGACGAGAUCUGCGCCGGGCCGACGUCCAAACCCCGAGACGAGACCCGCCGCAGAUUCCCAACGACCCAAAACCCGCCGGUCCUCACGUCAGACGGCCCCGAAAAGGAAACCCCGUCCUCGAACUCUCCCUCAAAGUCUCCCGUCGACCUCUUCGACGAACAAACACUUCCUGAUGCAACGCCCGCGGGAAAACCACGUCCAUCGCCGAGGCAACCCACUCUCGCCGCAACUUCACCGGUUGGGCUCGUAAGGGUGGAGGACAUCGAAAUAUUUCAAGAAGACCAGAUAAAGAUCAAAAUUGCGGAGACGAAGACGGCGCCGCCGCCGCCAAAAGAAGGCACGCCAGCGCACAAAUCGAACGCAUCCGUCGCCUCCAGCCUAGACUGCAGCGGGCCGCAUUUCGGCAGUCCUUCCUUUCAUGGCGAUGCGAAAGACGUUAUUAAGAAAUCCUCCACCACGCCGUGUUUCGGUUCCUGCAGGGCCAGCCUGCUUCCCAAUGUCUCUAUGGAUCGUUCCGCUACGACGGAAUUCAAAAAAUAUUUGGAAUCGAACUCACAAAACUUAGAUGAUGAAAUUGACGAUAAUAAGGAUGCCCAUGAUUGCCCCAAAAAACACUCCAAAGAAAAAAAUUACGAAAUAAACAAAAAAAUCGAACUUAUUUUACCCCUGGUCGUCCACGCGUGUCGCGGCCGCCAGCUCUCGCCGGCCCAUGUUGCUGUCGUCGUCGCCGGCUCGCAAGUCCCGUCUCACAGGCUCGCGCGCCACCGCUCUGCGCGUCACUCCGCCACGUCAUCGUCGUGCACCUUCGACCGUCCUCGGGAUUGCUCGGAACACCCGAUACCCACUCAACACUUGGCGUCCAUUUAG